AUGGGCGGCUACUGCAAUCUGCCGCAGGAUGAACGCUAUCUGCACAUCGGCUAUGCUGCCAAAGACUCUCGGCAGGAAGAAUUUGUCUUGAAAGUUGUCUCGAAGACCAGGAAGGAGUUGACUAUCAUCCAAUACUUGAACUCUCCGGCUCUUCUGCCAGACGCACGCAAUCACACGAUCCCGCUGCUCGAAUCUUUGAACGUCAACGCGGACAAGUGCAUCUUGAUUAUGCCCAGGUUUCUUCCGCUUUCGCGGCUGUCCGCCUGGACAACUCCUCACGAAUGUAUCCGGAUCCUCAUCCAAGUUGUCGAAGGUGUCAGCUUCCUCCACGAACAGAACAUUGCCCACUUGGACAUCAAAGACACCAACUUCGUUGUGGACAUCGAUACCGGCAGGGUCUAUAUCAUUGACUAUGGUCUAGCUCGUCGCAUACAAGGACCAGAAGACGAGGUAGAAGGCUUCCGCGGCACAGAGGAUUGGGUCGCGCCGGAAGUGAACGACAACUUGCCGUACAGCCCCCAAACUUGCAGAUCUGUGGGAGGUGGGAGAGCUGCUCAGGCAUACGCUUAUUAUUCGCCACAAAGCUCCUCCCGCUCGAAAGACGCAUCUAUUCGCAUUGGCGCAACGUUUUCAGGAUGA